CAACACAGUAGAAAACAUAAACGACAUGAGAGUUAUUGUAUUGUGCACGUUCAUUGCUGUAGCAGCCGCAGGCAAACUGCCUACAAGUAACUAUCUACCUCCUAACCAAGGAGGUUCACCAUCAAACAAUUAUUUACCACCAAACCAAGGAGGUAGUAUUAGUACAGGAUCUUUAGCUGGCGGUGCUUACGGCACUGGAAAUAGACGACCUCAACAAGCCGCAGAGAAGAAUGCAGCUAUUCUUCAACAGAUCCAGGAAAUAGAUGAAACAGGUUUCCGUUACUCCUACGAAACAUCAAACGGUAUACGAGCUGAAGAAGCGGGCGACGCAUCUCGAACUCAAGGAGGUUUCGCAUACAAGGGAGAUGACGGCAACGUUUACUCCAUAACAUUCACAGCCGGAGAAGGUGGUUUCCGUCCUCAAGGGGCUCAUCUACCAGUAGCACCUCCAACUCCUGAAGCUAUACUUGCAGCGUUAGAACAGAAUGCUAAGGAUGAAGCAGCUGGAAUUUUCGAUGAUGGUCUGUAUCAUCCAGAACAAUCGGGCAAUCGCAGACCUGGCAGCGGCUAUGGAGGCAACUCGCCCGGUUCCGGAAAUUUCAACGCCAACACUGGUUACACAUAUUGAUGUUCAAUUCAAUAAAAUAGAAAUAUCAAAUGACAUAAAAGAUUCAAUUAUUUAAUAAAUAGAAUAUUUAAAACCA